AUGUAUUACAUCGCCGGCCUCGCUCUAAAUCCACCACCCCCACAAGCCGUAGAAGGACUCGCCGUCCUCACCACCUUAAAAUUCAUGCACUAUGCCAUAUCUACGACUCGUGCCAUCGCCCCAGUCGCCGAAGCAGAAGCAGGCUCCAUCCGCACAAUGCCGUCCUCCUUCAUCAGCAAGGUCGUAUCCCCGAUACACGGCAUCGCGUCUUUCAUCUCACCCGUGACGUACAUGCUCUGCGUCACCUUUAACCGGUUCACGCAGCCUGCAUGGAUGCAGCGCAUGAGCCUACCUAAUAGCUAUAUGACACAUGAUUCCGAGGUGGUGCUAAGAGUCGCAGCGUGCGCAUCGACGGUGUUGUUGCUCAGAUUCAUCGCACUUACGUUCAAGCACCUCGGGAAUCAGUGGCAUGCUGAUCGGGGUGCACGCGAGAAGCCUAAAGUCGUGCAGACAGGUCCAUACGCGGUGGUGCGUCACCCAUUAUACACGGACGUGCUCAUCCAGGAUAUGCUUUUUGCAGUGAUGUUCUGGUCUUAUGCACCACUUGUGGGACUUGGUAUCACUGCUGCCGCGUUCGCUGUCAAGAUGCCUAUCGAGGAGGAGCUUAUCAUGAAGGAUCCCGCAGUUGCUACGGAAUACCGCGCAUAUAUGCAGAGAGUGCCCGCGCGCAUCAUUCCGUUCCUCUGGUGA